CCAAAGACUGGGCAGAAACCAUACAUCGCGGGGCACACGCCCGUCACAAGAAAAGAGAAUUUUCAGCGAAAAAUUACCCCUUUUAUUCAUCCUCUUCAUCUUCUUCCCCAUGCCCUAAUCCCCCAAUCUCACAUCGGAUUGGAACUAUCAAACCCUAGCCAUGGCGACGCGCCAGCUUCUGAAGCUUUCUCGCCGCUCUCACCCAACCCUUGCAGCCACUACCACCACCAGAUCUGCUCCAUUUGCCACUGCAGUCUCAAUCGCAUCCGACACUCGCGCACCAGCUCCACCGCAUCCUAAUCAAAUGAUCUAUGAUCGCGUUGCAGAACAAGUAAAAUCGAAACUCAAACGACUCGAAAAUCCUGAUCCUAGGUUCCUUAAACACAACUCACCUUUCCCUGUUUUAGCCGAUCAUACGUCUAUUCUAACCUACCCAGAGACGCGUGUCACCACCCUGCCUAAUGGUCUACGUGUUGCGACGGAGUCUAACCUGGCCUCCAAGACGGCUACCGUUGGGGUCUGGAUUGAUGCAGGAUCGCGAUUUGAGACCGAGGAGACUAAUGGCGUGGCUCAUUUUCUAGAACAUAUGAUUUUCAAAGGGACGGCUAAGAGGUCGGUUAGGGAUUUGGAGGAGGAGAUUGAGAAUAUGGGAGGGCACUUGAAUGCGUAUACUUCGAGGGAGCAGACGACUUAUUACGCCAAAGUGAUGGGCGGAGACGUGCCUAAGGCUCUUGAUAUUCUAUCGGAUAUAUUGCAGAAUUCCACUUUUGAUGAAAGACUGAUUAAUCGUGAGCGAGGUGUGAUUCUUCGUGAGAUGGAAGAGGUAGGUUUACAGACUGAGGAAGUAAUUUUUGACCACUUGCAUGCUACUGCUUUCCAGUACACCCCUCUUGGUAGAACUAUUCUUGGACCUUCUGAAAACAUUGAAAAGAUAACAAAGAAAGAUAUUGAAGAUUAUAUCUCAACCCACUAUGCUGCUCACAGAAUGGUAAUUUCUGCCUCAGGAGCUGUUAAACAUGAAGAUGUUGUGGAUCAGGUAAAAAAAAUGUUCACAAAGCUCUCAGCCAAUCCCAUGACUACAACACAGUUAGUAGAAAAGGAGCCUGCAAUCUUCACCGGAUCAGAGAUUCGAAUGAGGGAUGAUGACAUGCCUCUUGCACAAUUUGCCAUUGCAUUCAAUGGAGCAUCAUGGACUGAUCCUGAUUCAGUUGCUUUAAUGGUCAUGCAAGCCAUGCUUGGAUCAUGGAACAAAUCUGCAGGAGGUGGCAAGCAUAUGGGCUCACAGCUUUCACAGAUGGUGGCGAUUAGUGAACUUGCUGAAAGCAUGAUGGCUUUCAACACCAAUUACAAAGACACUGGACUAUUUGGUGUAUAUGCUGUUGCCAAGGCGGAUGUCUUAGACGAUUUGUCUUUUGCAAUCAUGCAAGAGAUGACUAAAUUGUGUUACCGAGUUGGGGAUGAUGAUGUCACCCGUGCUAGAAAUCAGCUGAAAUCUUCAUUGCUUCUUCAUGUUGAUGGAACAAGUCCUACUGCUGAAGACAUUGGACGCCAGCUAAUUACAUAUGGGCGAAGAAUUCCAUUUGCUGAAUUAUUUGCAAGAAUUGAUGCUGUUGAUGCUGCCACGAUUAAACGUGUAGCCAACAGAUUCAUAUUUGACCAGGACAUGGCCAUAGCAGCAUCGGGACCUGUUAAACUAUUGCCGGACUACAAUUGGUUCCGCCGUCGUACUUACAUGCUCCGUUACUAG